AACGGCGCGGCGCUGCUGCUGGACGAGGUACAGACGGGGGGCGGCCCCACGGGCAAGAUGUGGUGCUAUGAACACUUUGGGCUGCCGGACGCCCCAGACAUCGUCACCUUCAGUAAAAAGAUGCUCACCGGCGGCUUCUUUACCAAGGACGAAUUCAGACCAGCUCAAGGCUACCGGAUUUUCAACACAUGGAUGGGGGAGCCUGGGAAGGUGAUCAUGCUGCAGGAGGUGCUGAAGGUGAUCAAGCGUGACAACCUCCUCCACAACGCUACAGUUACGGGCGACAAGUUAUACCAGGGCAUCGUUGAUCUCGAGCGCCGCUAUCCUGCCGUGAUCAACUCUACGCGCGGCAAGGACAGAGGAACCUUUAUCGCCUUUAACGGCCGCGAUAGCCAAACAAGAGAUAACAUCAUCAACAAACUCAAGAAAAAAGAAUUGAAGGCUUUUAACUUCGAUUCUUCAGAGUGGAAGAGCAGAUGCACGAGUACCAGAGGAAGGGAGUGCCUCNAUACCUCCUUCCACCUCUACCUAGCCAUAACUAAUGCUUGGCAGGUGGAAGAGCUGAUGCACGAGUACCAGAGGAAGGGGGUGCCGGUGGUGGGUGUGGUGGUGGAGCCCAUACAGUCUGAGGGCGGCGACCAUCACGGCAGCAACGAAUUCUUCGUUCGACUUCAGGCCACUGCCAAAAAGGUUAGCGUUUCUGUUGCAUUUGCCUUCAUUUGGAUUUUUUUAUUAGGGCUGCCGGACGCCCCAGACAUCGUCACCUUCAGUAAAAAGAUGCUCACCGGCGGCUUCUUUACCAAGGACGAAUUCAGACCAGCUCAAGGCUACCGGAUUUUCAACACCUGGAUGGGGGAGCCCGGGAAGGUGAUCAUGCUGCAGGAGGUGCUGAAGGUGAUCAAGCGUGACAACCUCCUCCAUAACGCUACAGUUACGGGCGACAAGUUAUACCAGGGCAUCCUUGAUCUCGAGCGCCGCUAUCCUGCCGUCAUCAACUCUACGCGCGGCAAGGACAGAGGAACGUUCAUCGCCUUCAACGGCCGCGAUAGCCAAACAAGAGAUAACAUCAUCAACAACCUCAAGAAAAAAGGCGUUCAAGUGGGCGGCUGCGGCGACCUGGCAGUUCGCCUGCGUCCAGCGCUCGUGUUCCAGCCUCACCACGCAGACAUCCUGCUGGACCGCCUGCACCAAGUUCUGCACGAGUUCUAGACGCAAAUUGCAUCAACAUUUACAACCAUUUAAUUAGGGGUAAAGGAAGUAAAUAAAUUGUAUGAAAGAUCUGUGGAUUACGACAUAGAUAGCUUAGCAGAUGGUAAUAACAGCAAUCUCAACAGUCCGUCAAUUUGCUGGACCGCCGAGCCAAGUUCUUCAGGAGCCAUUGUUCUUCAUUGCUUCCCCAGCGCUUUUACAUUAAGAACAAAUCCUCCUCCAAAUUAUCAGUAAAGUUCUGGUGUGAUGAGCUCCAAAUGAUCGGAAGUAGAGGCUUGUUUUGCCAUCAUAUUUCGAGUUCGUGUCUGCUAGCCCAGUUUUACUGUGUUGUUCAGGGUAGGUGCAACUUGAAUAUUCUUGUGUUCGUAACCAGACUGCGAGCUUAUGAACUGAACACUUGAGCAGCAGAGGAACAGGCCAAGGUUUGCGUUAUCGAACGCAUACGACGUCCCUGAGCGCUUGAGCUGGUACAUGUCUUGCCGAAAUCGCGGAAUUGCUGAAUUCUAUUGAAAAGGCAGCCAGUUUGUCGAAUCUGUCGAAUCAGCAUUAUAUACUAUAUUAUAGGAUAUAGGUUUAGGUCAGUCAGCUAAUUUUUUUUAAAUAUUUAAAUAUAAAGGAACUUGACCGAACUUUAUCUAACCUUUCCUAACUCUUUCGAUUUAUGUUCUAACUCUAACGUCCAAUUUUCUGAAUUAGCAAUGAAUUGCUGAUUCUAAAGAUUCGGCAAAAUGGCUGCCGUUUCAAUAGAAUUCAGCAAUUCCGCGAUUUCGGCACGACAUAGGUACAUAUCUGUCGGAAAUUUGUUUAAUGGCGACGUUCGUGAACAGAUUCGGGGCAAAACUAGUUCUUGUGUUUCAUACAGUUAUACCGACAUCGUAUUUCUCAUCGUAGAUUAAGCGAUAACAGUGAUUUCGAAUUCCUCAAGGAGCGUCUAAACUCUUUGCUUCAAGUUCAACUGUCAUCGUUGUAGAGAUGAAAUGACGGAACCUAGCACAUCGAAUAUCAUGCUAAUCACCAAGCAUCUUUUCCGACAUUAUUUCAAGAUGUUCAAGCUACAAUUCCAGACCUCAUUCCUCGUAAAGUGUUCCAUCCCAGCCGUAGGAUCCUAUAGCUUGAGAACACCUCCGCAUAAGCAACAAGGAUAAUAGACUGAAUUAUUUAUCGGUGCUCUCACAUUUUCCCUCUGGCACGCUUUCUCCGUUAAAACUGUGAUAACCUUACCAGGCUUACGUAUGUCUGGUAAUGUCAACGUUUCAUGUCCGUUAAUUGUCGACCCCGGUCGUAGUUAUGAUGUUCAUGACGACUUCACGAUUUGCACUUAAAUUUUAUUUGUUGAAGAGGAAAACUUCUUCUGAUGGCAGAAUGUCUUGGAACUUUCAUGUCUAAGGUUCUCAUCUCGUGAAUAAUUUUGUCUUUUUCUAGUUGAUUGUAUGUGUAGGACAUAAGCCCUGUUUCCGUUUCGACUAAGUUUUGAAUUUUAGCUACGAAAAUGUUAAGGAAUUUCCCGGUCGUGAUGAAAAAUGUGUGAAAAAAUUACGAUAAAUAUUUAGAAAUAAAAAGUCGCUUAGGGUGAAGGUUUUCAUUGCAGAUAGUUAGUUAAAUGCUGUUUAAUUCGCACUGAUUACUGCUCAGAAGUUUUGCCUUGCCGUAUGUUUUGAAUGCGAUUCAUGUGUCAUUUAGCUUCCAGUGAAAGAGCUUCCACUCCCGUACUCAGCGUCCAUAAUUGCAAGUGUCUUGUGUGUUGCAUGUCGUAGUCAAUUAUUAUGUAAUUGGGAGUAUUGUAGCAAGAUUGUUUAUUAUUAUUUAAUUGGGAGCAUUGUGGCAAGAUUGUUACCAUUGUUGUUACCAUCUGCGCGUCAUUGUUACCAUUUAUUUGCAGUUUAUCCUUAUUUUAUAACGUGUGCACGCCAGUUUCUUUAGUGAACGCAAAAUUUUAUUAAUGGCAUUUUAAGGCCUACUUUGCGGUAGAUAUUUGUGUUAAUGUAAAAAUUUUUCAUCUAAUUUAAUUAAUUACAAAGUGUUUGCCCUCUGAGUGCAUCUGGUUGGUAUUGCCAGUCGGUCAAGAGAGCUUCCUCUGCCAGUAAAUUAAUUUUUUUUCUAUAAAGUUUUCAUGAUUUAUUUCGCAUCUGGAAAGAAAACCGCGUAAAAUAUGGCUUCUCCUCCGAUUGUAAGUCAAUUUAAAGGCAGUUUAAGUGCAAUAAAUAUUUCCUUUGUGUCAAUUACGUCAAAGUAUUUGGGAGGAGCGAAGUUUUCCGUGCAUGGUGGACCUUUCUACCUAUUUAGAUUUCCGCGAUCAAUUAACGAAAUAUCAUUAAUUAAUUCUUCCGUCUCCUUCGCUCUAUUGGUUAAUUGUUUGUAAAAUUUUUUCUUUAAGAUAUUUUUCUGAAUUAGUUCGUCUUCAGUGCCCAUUUUCUCAACGAUUUGUAUCGGUCCAAUUUUUUUAAGAUCUAUUUUAGCUUUUAAAUUCGUUAUAUUUCAAUCAACAACUAAUAAAGAGGAGCAAUUAUCAAGAACAAGAAGAAGGGAAAUGAAAGUUUAAAGAACGACUUUCAUGCGACGAGACAGGUAUCGUCCUGACCUUUCGAAGAAAAUAUCAAGGCACGUGCCAUGUGUUUGUAACCGCAUUCAUAUAAUAAAUAAAUAAAUAUAUUUGCAUGUUGCUUCUAUGUGAUAAUCGCUAUUUUACUAUGCAUCCUGAAGACGAUGAGCAUAUGUAUGCUCAAAUGCUUUAUGUUCAACUUCCAAGGUUUGAUGUUAGACGUUGAAUUAGUGUUUUAUAAUUUAAGUGCUAUGUUUUUGUUAAAUAACAUAUUUUGUUUAUGGCUAAUGAUUGAAUCACCAUAAAUUUUACAUAGGCACCACCACGUCGUGUCGACUUUUUGGUGCGAUGUUGAGAGUCGUCUUAGUGAAUGAUAAAUCCCAUUUAAAAGGUCCGACGUAUGGAAGCUUCUCGGUCGUGACAUUCAGACCCUCCACGGUGGCUUGUGCUAGAAAUUCUUGCUAGCUUCGCGUAUUUUUUUCGUUAUGUUUGUUCGGCAUGUCGGAGAAACAUGUCUAUCAAGAUUGAAUAAAUAUGUUCUAUUC